AUGACUAUAAUUUUAGAUAAUCAUUUCACUAAUGUUAAUGUCACAACUGCCAAUAUGAAAAAAUUGAAACCAUGGAUUGAAAAGACAGAUGAUCAAAUAGAUAAAUUUAAUGAAUUAAGAUAUCAAAUGCUUGAGAACUUCUGGAAGAUUUCAUUAGCUGAUUGGGAUUGUAAACAUCUACUUUAUCAAGAAUUUUUUCAUAGACAAGUAUAUGCUGUGAUAAAUGCCAAUCGUUUCUACAUUCAAGCCAUGUAUUUCCCAUCCGAGUCUAUCGAUGAAAAGGAUUUUAAUAUCAUUAAGACAAUUAAAGGAGGAUCUAAAAGCGAACGAGGAAAUUAUCAUUUCCAAGUAUACCUUGUUAAAUAUAUAGGUUCGGGUCCCAAUAAAAAUACUGAAAUGGUUCUUAAAAUAUAUAAUCCAUUAUUAAAACGUCGUCCUAAUAAAGAUUCGGUUGAAGAAGAUUUUAAAACAUUCAGAAUGAUGUUUCUAUUUAUGUUUCUUGAUUAUUGUCACGAAAUUAAUGCUUACAUUGCUUUAAGAAUACAAGACAAAAAGGGAUUACAGGCAAAGGUACCAGAUAUUGAUCUUGUUAAUGGGACCGAAAGAUGCAAAGCCCAUGUACCUUACUUAUACCAACAUGGAUUUUUAAGUUGGAAAAGUCCACAAAUAUACGAAGUGUAG